GUUCAGAUUUUGUCUACUCACCUGGAAGUCUCCAUCGGAGCGUUCCUCGCCCGAGAGCUCCUGGAGGACAGAGGACACCCCUUGGGACAGCCGGCUAAACAUGGCUGACCUGCAUGUGAAGAUAUGCAAUAAAAUAGCCAUAAAGCGGAGAAAAACGAACAGAACCGAACAACGCCGAAACAUAGAAACCGACGACUGCGGCUGCGUCGCUUUCAUUUUGUCUACACAACAGCAAAGAUUAUUGAGCGACUCUUCUUCCUUGUGUUUUAAAAUCGACUGGUAUAACAACACAUGAUCGAGACACACAAAGGCCGUCACAUGGGAAUGUUUGUCAGCAUGUCCCCAAUCUCACAUGCAAUUACCAAUGGCCAUCCCAGCCAUGGUCAUCCUUAAGCCUUACAUACGCAGUGUGCUGGAUUAGUCGCAGUUAAUUUCAAUAAGAUAAAGUUGGUGGGGCGUGUCUGAUCCCAGGCCAGUACAAAAGCCACCCGAGGGUCCCCACCUCUCUCUUAGGUCCCAGUAUCGUGUGUCUGUGAGAAGCGAAAGCUCGCCUGCACAGCAGACCAGUUGGGCUUCCUGACAGAUUAGCUCCAGUCUUGCUCGCCAAAACAACCAGUUCUCAGUUCAACGAUGGGGAAUUCAACGGGCUGCACCGUGGACGACCUGCAGGCUGUUGAAAUGCAUCUGUGGUAUAAGAAGUUCAUGACUGAGUGUCCAUCUGGUCAACUCACGCUGCAUGAGUUCAAGCAGUUCUUCGGGCUCAGAGGUCUGGAUCCAGAGGCCAAUGCCUACAUCGAGCAGAUGUUCCGCACUUUUGACAUGAACAAGGACGGUUAUAUAGACUUCAUGGAGUAUGUGGCUGCUCUCAGUCUUGUAAUGAGAGGCAAGAUGGAGCACAAACUGCGCUGGUAUUUCAGACUUUAUGACGUUGAUGGCAACGGCUGCAUAGACAGACACGAGCUCCUCAAUAUCAUAAAGGCCAUCCGUGCCAUCAAUGGAAGUGAGUCGCAGGAAUUGAGUGCUGAGGAGUUCACAAACCGAGUGUUUGAUAGGAUCGACAUCAAUGGAGAUGGGGAGCUGUCACUGGAGGAGUUUGUAGCAGGGGCACGUAGUGAUGAAGAAUUUAUGGAGGUGAUGAUGAAGAGUUUAGACCUUUCGCACAUUGUGGCCAUGAUCCAUAACCGGAGACACAGCGUCUAAGAGACACGCUCAUAUAUAUAUAUGCCACAUGAGGAUCUCCCUUAGAGUCUCUUGAAAACAAGAGCAACACUCAGCGAUCUAAUUCUGAAAGCACUUUAAAGCACAAACAGUCACUUCAAACAGAGCUAA